AUGUCGCUGUAUCGCCAAAAACGGAGCCCCUUCAGCUCCCGACCGUUUAUCGUGUCAACGCUCCUCAUAACCUGUCUAGCAACCUAUGCCCUCGUCCUCCGACCCUUCGCGACAUCACGGUUGUUGCGCCAACCCGGAGAAUAUCAACAACAACAAAAUGUUGCGCGAAUCCUCGCAAGAGGUCACCACAAACACGAACCAACCGCCCCCGUCGAUUGUCGCCAUGUUCACUUGGCCCAAGACCAAUGCGCCUUCAUAUUGGCCCACUGCGAAGACGAGGAAGCCGGCCUGAUUCAUUACCUGAGCUUCUACUACUGCACACUACCCGGUGCGAAACCCGUCGCCUUCGUCAUCCUGACCGCAUGGCUGGGCCUCCUAUUUACCACCAUCGGCAUUGCCGCCAGCGACUUCUUCAGCAUCAACCUCAGCACCAUCUCGAGCGUCCUGGGUCUAAGCGAGAACCUUGCGGGCGUCACCUUCCUCGCAUUGGGCAAUGGCUCCCCGGAUGUCUUUAGCACCUUUGCCGCCAUGGGUUCCAACAGUGGGAGCAUGGCGGUGGGUGAACUGAUCGGUGCUGCUGGUUUUAUCACUGCCGUGGUCGCCGGCUCUAUGGGCUUGGUUCGCGAGUUCAAGGUCCAAAAACGAACAUUCGUACGAGAUAUCGUUUAUUUCAUCAUUGCCAUCAGCUUUACCAUGCUGUUCCUUUUGGAUCAGGAGCUGCAUCUGUGGGAGGCCAAUGCCAUGGUUGGCUGCUAUGUCGCAUAUGUCAUCCUGGUGUUUGCCUGGCAGUGGUUCACAGACAGGAGGAGAAAGACGAGACAAGGAGAAGCUGCUGCCCGUACUCAUUAUCAUGGCUCUGCGCCCGAGCCAUCAGAAGAGUUGGAGCCAUACUGGGAUGAUCCAGACGACGAUGAGGCAGCUUCUGUGAAUACUCGGCCGCGCACUGCCCAGACCGACAUCAGCGCUCUCGAACGUGGGCCUAGGAUCGAGGUUGAGGGACAGGGAGUAGUUGCAUCUACACCAAGCGAGGAAGAAGAAGAUGAACAACGCGAUCUGCAUGUGGCCGCAGAGAUGACUAGCAGCAUGCGCGUCAACCGUCCCCGCUGGGGCCGAAGCAACACCACCAUCACUCCUAUCAGACCCAGUCUUGUCGGUGCUUUGGAAUUCCGGUCGAUAUUGUCGUCAAUACAAAAGGAAAGAAACGUACAGGGCGGCUACUUCCGUGGACACCGACGGGGACAUUCCGACUACUUUUCAAAUCAGCCAUCACUACCUUUGAUCCCCGAGGAUCAGCUGUACCGGGGACGUCAAUACACUCUCGAUACUCUGCCGACCCUCUCAACCAUCGUGUCAGGUAGGGACCGCGCCUUAUCAUCCGGACAUUCGCCCCUUAACCUGGACAAUUCCGGUUUACCAGCUAUCCAAAGCGGUUCAGAGACGGGGGACACAAGCCCGCUACUAGCACCAGGGCCUCUACGUCCCAAUGAGAGUCCCAAUUUGCGUCCAGAUACUAGGGGUAGCUCGACCACCCGAACCGUUGACGGCAGGCUUGCGCCUCCUCUUGAUACCGGAGGUGUCAAUCAAGGGCUGCUUCAGCAUCAGUGGAGGAAAACGCCCAGGACACUAGGUCUACACCUCCAAAUUCCCGAGAGUACCGGCUCCAGCAACCGGGCAUCGCCCACUCUCUCGCCUUUCCCCAUGUUCUCCGAGUCUCCCACCAUGCUGACUCCCCAACAACUACCCGAAUCGGCCUUUGUCUUUCCUACACCGUCCGAGAGAAGACGUUCCUCCAUCGCCAUCUUCGGCGGUUAUGAAGAAGAAGAGGAACCCCUCAAGUAUUGGCCCUACUCGAUCCUCCCACCACCACACAUCUUCUUCGGCACCCUCUUCCCAACCCUCCAAGGCUGGUCCGAAAAGUCGUGGUGGGACAAACUCGUCAGCUUGAUCUCGGCUCCCUCGGUCUUCGUCCUCGCCAUCACUCUCCCCGUGGUAGAAACCGAGUCCGAGCAAGACGAUGACGACGAAGUCGAAGGGCCCGCUGAGUCCCCGGCCACCCACCUAAUCCACGGCCACGGACAACCAGGGCACAUGGCCGUCCCCGUCUCUAUGGAGUCAAGCGCACACAUCCGCCCCGAAACCGAGUGGCAGGAGUUCCGCCGUCGUACACGUUCGGCCUCUAACAGAUCUCCCAUGCGCUCACCUAUGCGCUCGCCUCUCCACUCUCCGCUGACAGCUUCACCAUCCUUCGUAACACUAGCCUCCCCGCGGACCAGGUUGAACUCGGAAGCCAGAGCGCACACGAACGGGCACACCAACCUCGGCGCGCAAGUCCAACAAGCGAUGAAACUCAAUCCUCACCAGCGCUAUGGCCACAGUCGUCACGGGUCCCAACCGACCAUCAUCGAGGAAGAUGAACACGGCGCCAUUACCAACACGGGAGCCACUACCUUGGCCGACAACCACAACGACACAAACGACAACGAAAACGAAGAAAAAGCCUCCGAAGAAGGCUGGAACCGCUGGCUCAUUUCCCUCCAGCUUUUCACCGGCCCCCUCUUCGUAGUCCUAAUCAUCUGGGUCAACACAAUGGACGAUCUCCCAUCCCCCGGCCGCACUCUGUUAAAAAUGACACUCUACAGCUUAAUCUUCUCUCUCUCCUGCCUCGGCAUCUUGUUGCUCACCACCUCCGCCGACAAAAAACCAAAGUACCACUUCCUGCUCUGUUUCCUGGGAUUCGUGAUUAGUAUCGCCUGGAUCUCAACAAUAGCAAACGAAGUGGUGGGCAUCCUAAAAGCUGUCGGCGUGAUCUUGGGCAUCAGCGAGGCGAUUCUGGGACUGACGAUUUUUGCCGUCGGGAACUCGCUGGGGGAUUUGGUGGCUGAUGUUACUGUUGCUAGGUUGGGCUGGCCUGUUAUGGCUUUAGCAGCCUGCUUCGGCGGCCCCAUGCUCAACAUUCUUCUUGGUAUCGGUCUAGGAGGGGCCUGGAUGAUUGUGUCUAGCGCCAACAAGCACCACGCCAAGCACCCCGAGCUGCCGUUCAAGUACAAGCCUUACAAGCUGCAAGUGGGCGGGACGCUGAUGAUUUCGGCGGUUACGGUGCUGGUGACGCUGGUGUCGUUGUUGAUCCUGGUGCCCAGCAACGGCUCUCUCGUGCAUGUGUUCGUCUUGGUAUAUAUUGAUGUCCUCCACCUCGAUGGGUUUCCAGCAGCCGGUUUGUUUGUCUUCUUGCCGCGCCGCAUGUUGGUCGUUGGCUCCAAACUAGGAGUAGGUCACGGACUGACCACAUAUUUCCGACGACAAGUGAUCUCUGUGAAGCAAUGCACUAGCUUCGACGAGACAGAGUGAUACAAGGAAAGGGGAAAGGAAGGGUUGUACAGCAAACGGACACCUCAAACUCUUUAUCUGUACUCUUGUCAAGUAGGGUCGGUCGGGUACGAAACACUACAAAUUUCUCAGAAAAGGC